GUGUCUCGACUCGUUCCUCGAACCUCGUUCUCUAUCUCUUCUCGUCGAGUCCGAGUUUUGGAAUGUGCGUCGUUUGUCAUGAAAAUUGUGAAAUGUGUUGAAAAUAUAAACAAAAUUGGAAAAAAGAUAUGUUUUUUCGUUGUAAUGUUAUAAGAAAGUGAGAAAAACUUCAGUCAGGAGCAAAAUGAGGGUUUUCGAAGUUGACGAAAUCCUUUGCUUUAAGUUUCAUAUUGAUCUAAAUCUCAGCGAGAACAAACGCAAGGAAUAUUCGGCCAAACUAAUUAAAAAUGGAGGCGAAGUUAUUCCGUUGCCAUCCGAUGAUGUUCUUACUUUAACGACAAAGAAAUUUCGCGAUGUAUUCUCUUACGAAGUUUACGAUAUUAAAUUUAUCGACGAUUGCAUCGAGGCAGGGAAAGUUUUGGACAUCGGAAAAUAUGGACUCAGCGGAAUACAAGACUAUGGCUGUCCCAUGAGUUUGUUACUUUUCGGAGAAAAGGAUUGUCCUGUUGUUGAGAUUCUUCGAUAUCGUCAUUCAGUCCCUGACACUUCAUCUUCAAAUCAUCCUUCACCAAGCACUUCUCCAUCGCUAAGUGCAGCACAAAGAGUUGAACCAGUAGAAGAGAAUCAGAUAUUAAGAAAUCUCGAGCCAGAAUUGAUUAAAACACCAAAGAAAAAACAACCGGCCGAGAUUCUUGAAAAUUAUACAACACCCAAAAAAACCCGGAAUAUUCUCGCUUCCCCGACGGUUGUAAAAAGUCUCGAAAAAAGGGGAGUUAGCAUUUUAAGAUCGUCAGAGAAAAAGAGUGAAAACGGGAAGGAAAAAAAACGAGUGAAAAUAAGUCUUUCUCUUCCUGUUAAGAACAAGGAAGAGAUAAAUAAAACAUCAAGGAGGAAGGAAUCAGAAAGUAGGAUCGAUGAAAACGACGAAGAUUUUCAGGAAGUGGAUGUCAACGCUUUGGUGAAACAAGUGACGCAAAGUAGAAAGGAGAAGGAAAAAAGGGAAUUGGAAAGAAUAGAGAAAGAGGCAAAGGAGAAGGAAAGAAGGGAGGAAGAAGAGAGGAGAAAAGAGUUAGAAAGAAUGGAAGAAGCCAGGAGGGAGCAGGAAAGAAGAGAUGAAUUAGAGAGGGAAAAGCAAGAAAUUAUGGAGAAAUGGGAAAGAGAGAAGCGGGAAUUUCAGAAAGAAUUGGAGAGGAAAGAAGAGGAGUUGAAGAAGCGAGAAAAGGAGUUAGAGGAGAGACUGGAACAGGAAAGGAAGGCCAAAAAGAAAGAGCCGCUGAUCACAAAAGUAGUGAAAAUUGUCCUCGACAGAAGUAUCGAUUCUGGAUCGCAAACUCUGAAAGAAAUCACAUGCGGAAAACGAUUUCUUUCAUCGUUUGACUCGGAGGAGAGUCAGCGAGAGUGUAAACGUCCUAAAAAUCAAGAAACUCAGUCCCAAGAAAUGGGAGAUUCUCAAUCCUCGAUGGAACAAUCCUCAAAUUUGCAUGAAAGUUCAGAUUCUACAGAAAUUUCGUCUGCGGAUAUGAGACCUUUCACCCAAAUUCCUUCAGUUUCUACCCAGCAUUCCACGACUGAUUCGAGCGAAGCAAUUUCCGGAAGUUAUGAGUAUCAGGAUGAUGAUUUUGAAAAUCGAGCUCAAUUUGAUAAUGAGAGGCAACAAAUUGAAAGUGGAGACAUGGAUUGUUCGGAGGGAUAUAAAGUGGCGGGCGCGACACAAAAUAUUCUCGACGAUUUGGAGAUGACAGUGGAAUCUUUGGGGAAUCAUCAAGAAGUUUCAGACGAGGAGAAUGCUGAAACGAGUCUGGAGAAAAUUGGAGAAAUUCAGGAGAAAAUUGUGGAAGUUGAGGAGAAAAUGCGAGAUAGUUUGGGUAUUUUGACGGAUGAUGAAUCGAGUCCUUUACUCGAUGACGCUUCCAAAGCGGCACUUUUGCAAGAUGAUUCGGAAACCGAUUUUGAAAGUGCAAACGACACGCCUCCGAAUGUCAAUAACAAUUUGGAUCCCGACGUGAUUAUUGUUGAGAACAAUACAAGUGGAGAUAACAAUUUUCCUGAUAAAUCGCCAAUUGAUACUAUAAGUAUAAAGAGGGAAAGGGAUAAGAGUUUGGAAAAUAAUGAGGAUGAUUAUGAUGAUAUUUCGGAUGCUGAGACGAUCAAACUUUCGCAGAUUCGUGGAAGGCCGGAUUUGAUACCGAAACCGAGAGAGAAAAAAAAAGAGGCGAAAAAGAAGGGAAAGUUGGUGGGGUUGAAACAUUUGUUUCAGGGUGAGACUCAGGAGCAGGCUGAUUCUUUUGAGGAGCCGAGGAAAGAAUUGGACGAGAAUGAGGAGAAAGAAAAUGUGGGGAAAAGUGGGCAGAGCAAAAAUACGUCUGCGAAAAGCCGCUGGGCUUUUUUGUUUCCCUAGUGUGUAAAAAGAAAUGUUUCAGGAAUACAAAGUAGCAUUAUACUUUUUGAUACUCUGGUUAUGACUACCUCUGAUAUAAAUUAAGAUUUUUUGUUUAUUUUAUUAGAAAAUUAGUUGUUUAAAAUAUAAUUUUUGUAUAAAUAUGAUGUGUUGCAUUUUCCAUGAAUGGGGAAAAAGGUUUCGUAUUUUUGAAAACUGUUGAAAGUGAUUGAAUUGGUUUUUUAAAUAAAUUAUAACGUUCUUUUUUCGUUAAGGAUA